AUGGCCAGAGAUCCGAUCUCAUCCCAGCUGAAAACAGAGUGGCUGCUGCCCACAGAAAAGGUCCCGGAGAACUUUCUGGAGGUCCCUGAGCGCUUGCGUGAGAAGAAGCGGAAGUGGGGCGAUGCCUUGGCAGAGCGCGCCCCAAGCGAUUGGAGCGUGGCGUGCGUGGACAUUGACAAGAGCCUGGAGAGCAGCUGGACACAGCUGCGCUUUGAUGGUUUGCUGGGCACCAUCACCACGCAAUUCCGAAGCCGGCCCUCGGAUGGGGGAGGACUUAUGGACGGAACACCAUGGGUGACAGCACGAUGUAGGAAAAGCAGCAUCGCUCAGACCCUGAAGGCCGCGCGCGCGUCUCUGGCGGAGCCGUCUCGGCCGUACACGCCCUUGGAUCGAUCGCUCUUUCAGCGCCCCAAUGAGGGCAGCGAGCCGCGUCCUUCCAGCAGCUAUGGCGUGGAUCAGGUGACCUUCGUUCGCGACACCUUUGGAGCCCGCCCUGAGAGUGCCAGGUCCAGUCGAUCGCGACCGGAUACCAUUCAGGAGGAGGGCGUGCUGGAUCAGGAAGUGGAGAGCAGCGGCAGCGAGGAGCUGACGCCGGUGCAGGCCACCCCGCCUCCGGCGGCCCGCGCGACCUCGGGCUCGCUGGGUGCCUCGCCAUCGGGGCCGCCCAAGCCGCCACGGCCACCGGGAGGAUAUCCCGGCAGCGGAUCCAGGGCCUCCCUGGGCGGCUAUCCGGAUGGCAAUGAGAAGUCGCCCAUGCGGCUCUCCUCGUCCUCUCCGCGCCGCCGUUUGGCCAGCCUCUCCGAUGCGCCAGGGACCCCGGGCUCCGCUGGGCGCCGCUCGGGCAGCGGCUCGCGGCGUGCGAAGGGCGAAGAUCCGGCGGCGCGGCUGGCGCAGGCGCUGGAACUGGGAAGCGUUCCGGUGGCUCGAGCACCCUGCGAGGUGGUCAUUGGCAGAUUGCAGUCCUUGAAGGCCUCCAAAGACAAGGGGCUGGACAAGGAGGACUUUGCUCAACUCUGCGACCGGAUCCUCACCCUGACGAAGGAGAUGAAGGCGGGGCAACAUGUGGACUCCUCCGCGCAGCUGCUGCGGGAGAUCAUGGGAUUGAUGGACGUGAAGGAUUUGAAGGAGUCCAAGUAUCUCUUCAAGCUUGCUCGCUGUGCUUUGGCCUUGCUGUCUGUGGACGCAGCCACUGCCGGUGUCCCCAUCUCUGGAGUCCAAGCAGCGUAUCAGAACAUUGCACAAGUCUUGUUCAAGUACUCGCAGAAGGAAGGCAAUGAUGCGGAGUUCUUAUCCGCCAAACUCAUUGAGCCCUUGAUCGAAGUGCUAGAAUCGACUUCGGACUCAUGUUCAUCCACGGAUCUCCGAGUUUACAUCGUUGGCAUCCUGAAGAACGUGUCGAACGACUCCGCGAAUCAAAAACUUCUGGCGCAGCGGGGUGCCGUUACUGCGCUCUUCAAGUUGAUGGACGGCAAGAUCCUGACGGGAACUCCAAAGGAGGUGCCUCUGUUGAUCCAGGUCACAGCCAGUUUGAGGAAUUUGGCCAGCAACCAGUACAAGCAGUUCCUCACAGAGGAUCACUUGAAUGCCUUGACUAAUGUCAUGGCCACCUAUGCCGGUCAUGUGGAGCUCCUUACCAACGUGGCACGCAUCUUGGCCAAGCUCACCUUGCACGACAAGGCCGCUGAGGCCUUGGCUCGCUCCGACGUGCACCUCCGUCAGAUCGUGCAGACUGUGCGCAGCAACAUGGACUCCCUGGCCUUGUGCCUGCGUCUGCUGUUUGUGCUGGGCAACUUAACGGAGCGCAGCGAUCGUGUGCGGACGGUCUUCGCCUUCGAUUGCGAGGGAACUGCGCUGGUUCCCGAAUUGUUGGGCAAGUAUUGGCAGAAGGAACGGCAGCAUGCUGCGGAGAAAAGCAAGGCGGGCAGCGCGGCCGGCGCCUCGGAGUUUGAGGAGGUCUUAGUGAAGCUGGUGAGGUUGUUGGCCAAUGUUGCCAUCAGCCCCAGCGCGGGCCCCACCCUGGCUGCCAGCAGUGCGGUCGCCGAACCCUUGCUGGACAUGUUGGGAGCGAAGCGCAUCAGCGACAGUGAAGAGCUGGUCUUAAAUGUGGUGGCCGCGAUCACCAAUUUGCUCUUCUAUGAUGUGCCAGCGAACCUGCUGUUUCACGAGGAGAGCAAGCAGUUGCUCUGCAGAUUGUUCAGGCCAUUGCUGCUGGAGUCCUACAACGUCGAGGCGCUGGUGGAAACGGCCCGUGCCUUGGGCAAUUUGUCCAGACAUGCGGAUGCCCGACGAUGCAUGGCCAGUCUUCGCCUGGAUGAGAUCCUUGUCAUUCUGUUGGACCAUGAUGACCGGGAUUUGGUCUUCUAUUCCUGUGGUGCUUUGGUGAACCUCGCGGCCGACUCCGAGUGCAUCCCCCGUCUCGCUGGGUCCACGCCGGCGGUGCAGAAGUUGGCCAAGCUGCUGGGAGAUGCGCCCUGCAACGAUCCCAUGCUGCAGCUGGUUGCGGUAAAGGUGCUGACCAACCUAUCACUGGACUCCCGUGCUGCGUGGCCCAUGGAGGAUAUGGAACUGGUGCGCGGUGUGUUGGCGCAAAGCAUUGCGGACAGCCAGGAGGUCGGGGACGAUCAUGAGAGGCAGCAGCUGAUUGAUCUGGCCCGACACCUGCAGGGGCGCCUGCCGGCCGCGCCAGACCCCCCUGCGCCGGCCGCGCCCGCGGACGCGGAGUGGUUCUACUGCCGCGCGGAGGGCUGCGGGCGCCGCUUCGGCAGCGGCGAGAAGCUGGCGGCACAUGUGCAGAGGAGGCAUCAGCAGGACGAGGUCAUGAAGAAGCACGUUGGUUCUCAAAAAUGGCACCGUAUGGCGUGGUUUAUUGCUGAGCUUUCUGCGAAGGCAUGUUGCAACAGGCCCAUUUUGCCUGUGGAAGUUUUGCACCUCCAGGGCUUUCCAGCCAGGGAUCCCAUGUUGGCCAAGGCGUUGCAGGGAUUGACCGACCAGGAGGUAAUUAUGGGGGCUGGAAAUGCCAUGAGCGUGCCGGUUAUUGGUGCAGUCUUGGCUGAUGUUUUCGUCAAGACGUUGGUUGGCAGGCUGGAUGUGGCAAUGGAGGUUUCCGAGUCCGAAGAAGACGAUGAGGCGAAUGGUGCCACUUUUCCUCGCUUCAAAUGCGGCUGCUGGUUGCACCUAAGGAGAUUGCCGGAUGGCCCUGGUCAGUUGGCACAGGAGGGGGUGAGCGUCCACUCAGGGCGUCGCAGUGAGAAGCUGCUGCUGGGACGGGAUGCCAGGAGAGCAUCUGGUCUGCUUUUGGAGGCACAAAGUGGUCCCAAAAGCCAUAAAUCGGUGCUGAGCCGUUUGCAUGCGGAGAUCAUCCCAGGUCGUCAGCCUUGCGAAGCGUUCCUGCGAGACUUGGGCAGCACCAACGGCACCUGGGUGCUGGGUAAAGGCCGAGUGAGCCCGCAAGAUGUGGACGGAGAGGCGCUGGCCGGUGGAGACGAAAUAUCCCUGGGAGUGGAUCCUGCGACGUGGCAAGGCACUGCACCCGGCGGACCCGACCCAGAAGACUUCCGCUUCCUCUUUCGUGUGGAAAUGCCUAGCCCCAGGCGCCGGCGCCACAGCGCCGCCGCACCGCCGAACCCCCCGGCGCCGCACCCGACGGCGCCGCACCCUUCGCCGGCGGAAGCGCUGCCGUCAGCAGCAGAGACCAUCGCAGCGCUGGAGAUGGACGAAACAAACGGUGGACACCCGUCGUGGGGGCUGUGCAGCACUGAUGGCGGCGGUGGAGCGGAUGUGACGCCGAGGAUGGCUCCCAAGCGAUGCCUGUCGCUCGCCCUCCUAGCGCUGGCCCUCCUAGCGCCGAAGCUUGGCGCCUCGGGGCAACGGCUGGAGAUCUUGCGCGCGACACGUGCGGAGCGACGUGUGAUGGUGGCGGAUGAAGUCUUAGCGGCUCGGCCGGCCAAAAAUUUCGGCGCUGCGCUGCGCCUCGUGCCCCAGGGGCUGCAUGCUGUCGGCGGCCUUCAGCCGCUUCCCGUGGCGCGGCAACGGCUGACGUAUGUCCCAGAUCUGCUGCCGAAACUGCAAUCCGAACCGGAGUGCAUUUGUGGCGUGAGUUACGAGGAGAUGCAGCUCAGGACCCAGGCCUGGCCGGGGGACCAGGGCUUCAACGUGCUGACGGAGCGUCGCCCAGCCUUCAUCCAUGGCGUGCCCCAAACGCCGGAGAUCUAUGCCUCGGGCAUCUGGAAAUUUGACGCCUUGCUGGCCAACAUCAAAUGCCCCAACGAGGCCAACAUGACCCCGGCCCUGGCGCGGAUCCGGCGUUUCGGCAUCAAUGGGCCACCCUUGGUCGCAGCUGAAGAACGAAGAUAUAUGCCUGGCAGACAUGCUCCAGCCCCUGUUGAUCCUCCUCCUUUGGAUCCAGCUUGCCAACGAGCCCAAUGGAUGUGCCUUAAGUGUAGAACUGAUGACUGGAGUGUUGAUGAAGAUGGGAUGUAUCGAUGCAUGCAAUGUGGUGGAUGCGAGUUCUUUAACGUUGGAGAGCCGGCCAAGUUAGAGACAGCCACUGGAACUUGGUUGUAUGUGCCCCAUCGUUCCACUUCAAGGUCAGUUUCUGGUGGUUCUUCACAUGGUUCUGUGGAAGGAUCCCCUGUGAAGUCUUCGAAAAGUCCUGCAGCUGCUCAUGCAAAGUUUCCUGAUGAGCCAUCAGUUGGAAGCCAUGCAGAGCGUGCCGAGUCAGAGACGCCUACGACUGAUCCUGUGGUUGAUCUAGAUGAUGUUGGUUCCCACAGACGCCGACGUCGUAGAGGUUCCAGUUCCUCUUCAGUUGUUCAAGCCCCAGUUGCACCAGCUCUUCAUCAUGGAGGUUCAGCGGACUCUGGUGGAAGACUCAGUGCCAAUGGCGAACUGCUGAAUGUGAUGCGACAAUUAUUGAAUGAUCGAAAGAAGAAAGAUACAGAUAGUGAGAGCUCCUGGAAUAGUGCGCGUGGUCCUGCCCGCGGAGUCAGAUGGCGCGGUGGCACUCCUCCUCAGCCACCCAGAUGGCAGUACCAGCAGAAUGACCUUCGUGCCUUUAGCAAAUACGAGCGCAAGGUUGAGACGUGGGUCAUGCAAUCCAGGAACUAUAUGACUUCGAGCGAGAUGGGUCUUGCGCUUUAUGUUUCUUUGACUGGCGAGGCUGAGUCAGAGGCUGAGCACUUCGACCUGAAGAAGGUGAACGCCAAGGAUGGCGUGAAGUAUAUUUUGGAUGAAUUGCGCGGUCCUCUCCAACAGCGCAUUCUUUUCCAAAAACGGAAACUGCUGAGUGAUUUCGAGACUGUCAAGCGGACUGCUCAUGAAACCGUGCGCCAAUACCUGAACAGAUAUCGACGGAUUGAACGCGAUUUGGACAAUGUGGGCAUUCAGUCAUCUGCUAUGUAUGAUGCUGAGUCGCGUGGCAAUCGGGUGCUUGAGCGGUGCCUUCUUUCUCCGGAGCUUCAGCGCUUAGUCCUCAUUGGCGCUGGCAAUGACCUUCACUAUGAGAAGAUUUAUGAGAGCCUGUGCCUUCAGUUUCCUGAUUUCAAGCCGAGCCCUCCCUUGUUUUUUCCUGGAAACCAAUGGGGAAACAGUGGCAAGGGUAGCAAUAAGGGUUCACCAUCAAGUUCAACGGGGUCCAUGACUAGCACUUCAGCGUCCUCCCAAAGAUCCUCUUCAAGUAGUUUUUCGGGCAAGUCAUCCUCAAAGGGGAAGGGUUAUCCAAAGCGUGCAUUCCAAACGGAACUUGCAGACGGUGACCAGACUGCUGGCGACAAUGAGGAAUUUGAAGAGGCAGUUGGGGAUGAGAGUGAACUUGGCCCCAUUGCAGAAGAAGAUGAAAAUGCCGAGUGUGCUGAUGGAGACGAAGCCGAUGCCGAUGAUGUAGCUUUGAAUCCUGAUGACAUAGCAGAGCUUGCCCAAGUUCUCACAGUUACGUCAAAGAAGUUGCAGGCUUCUGUGCUUGGUCGCAAAUUUUCUGGCCGCAAAAGCAUUGAGGAGCGCAAGAAGUCCUCGUCAUGCAGUGCCUGCGGACAAGUGGGACAUUGGGCAGGCGAUAGUGUCUGUCCUGUUUCAGCUGAGCGUGGUGGCAAGCGAGAUGGAAAAGGGCAUCAAACUGGUGGUUCGAGUGUAGCUACCCCCAAGUCUUCUGGCAACUUUGGGGGCAAAGGCAUCAAGAAGAGCUAUGUGGUUGGACUAUCUCAUGAUGACCAUCAACACGAUGACCCAGAACACCAUGAAGUAGAUCCCCAAUCCAGUUAUUUCACCUUCACCACCAAUUUGGUUCUUGGGGCAGAUCUUUCGACAGCAUGGGUGACCGAAGCAAUUGACCUGGGUGGUUUUAUGUUUUUGGAUACUGCAUGUCAGCGUUCAUGUUGUGGUGAGCAUUGGUUGAAGACCCAUUCAGAAAUCCUUCAUCGCCACGAUCUCCGGGUCAAGAUGUUUGACUGCACCGACCACUUCCAGUUUGGCUCAGGAGCUCCAGUGGUGUCUUCGACAAGAGCCUACUUUCCAGCUUCAAUGCCAGGGCGCUCAGAAGCUUCCUUUCGAUGGGAGAAUGUGGUGAUCAAGGUGAUGAUGUUGUAUUUUCGGGCCUACAAGGCCAUGUCCACGCUGGUGAAAUUCGGCCUGAUGCCACGACAGUGGAUGACCACAUGGGAGCACCAACAGGAACUGGAAAGGCAGAAGAAGGAGCUGGCGCCAAAGAUGAAGGUGGUCAAUCCUGCAACUUGCCUUCAUCCAGCCUUUCAUCGAUACGGCAACGUGCACGGGUCCUUCAGCAAGUGCAAGAGGUGCCACCAGCGGUACAAGUGGGAUCUGGAAAGAGAAGGUUGGGUGGUUCAUGGAAGUCCUCAGUUGCAACCUUCUUCGCACUUGCCGCCUCCCUCCUCAUCCACCAUCCUGCCAAUCAUGGACAUGCCAACCAAGGGCAAGGGCAGGAGUGGCAAGAAAGGGACAUCUUCGAAAGCCAGAGCGAAGCCGAAAGCCCAUGCCACCGACCACCGACCGGUGGAAGCCCUGCAGGUCUUUUUGCCGGAGAUGGAGUCGGAGAUUCCCUACGACUCGGAUGCAUACCCACCGAGUUCGGACGGAGGCCCGGACGGCUUUCACGGCUGGGACGUGAACAUGACGCUCGAGGCUGAUUUUUAUGAAGUGCCAGAUCCAUGCCCAAUUCACCUCCAUCAACUAUGCCCGGAGUGCGUUGUUGAGAUGCAGUAUGAGGAUGGCAGGAACCAAUCACUCACUUAUGAAUGGGGUGACAGUUCCGGGGCAUUCCAAAUGAAAAGUGCAUGGACUGGCAAAACAGUUUUCAAGUUGAAGUCUCCACCACAUGCAGCUUUGAUUUCCAACCGUGACCGGAAGACUUUGCGUCAUUCAGUGCGACAGCUUGUGAAUUUGGCCCAACUUGAACAUGAGGUUUUGACUUCCACCUCAAGUUCAAAUCCAAACCCUCUCCAACGGCACAAGCAUCGGUCUCGUGUGGAUUUGCUUGAGACCUUUGCAGGAAGGGCUGGACUUUCCUUCCGUGCCAAGAGCUAUGGACUUAAAGCUCUGGGGCCAAUUGACUUCAACACAGGCUAUGACCUGAGCAAGGUAGAACACCAGGCCCACGUGGAUCACCUGUUGGACUUUUACAGGCCACUGUUUCUUGUUCAGGGCAUUGAUUGCACAGACUGGUGUCUGCUUCAGGACAAUGUCAACUACGUUAGACGCAAAAUCCUUCUUUUGAUGCGCCGUGCCAAGGCAAGGAAGCUGCUGAAGAAGAUCGUGGAUUGGUGUAUCAAACAAUCCAAUGCUGGUCGUUUCUUCCUCAUCGAAAACCCUGUGACCAGUAGACUUUGGGUGGAGCCUUUGAUUCUAAAGUUGUCGAAGUUGCCUGGCGUGAGUUUUUCAAUUUGCCAUUCAGGAGCCUACGGUGCGGUGAAUUCCAAGCACCAGAUGAUCCGCAAGACCUUCAAGUUCCUGGGCAAUUGUCCUCAUGUUUUGGCUCGGCUGACGCGCCGUUUGAGCCCUGAGCAACUUCGCCAAUGUGUCAAGCUGGAAGGCAAGGAGACCACUUUGUCUCAGCACUACCCUGAUGAGAUGGUCAAAGAGAUGCUCAUUGGCAUCAAGCAGACUGCUAUGGAGCUGGAUCCUCAACGCUUCAUGAUGCCAAGGUCUUCUCAACACUCAGUUUGGGUAGCCCAGCACAAUGACAAUCCUGAAGAUUGGAAGCCGCUUUUUGAAUCUGCCCAGCGGACUUUCGACACAACUCGCAUGAAGAGCUACGUGCUUGCAACUUCUGAUCCUCUUUGGAAGUCGGUCAGUGACAUGGUGAAAUGGCACAAGCUUGAGCGAGUUCAGAUCGCUGUGCAGCCUGCUAUGCUACGACUUCCAGCUCAUAUCCCACACACCCAUCGUGGAUUUGCAUUGCUCUACAACGAUGGUGAGAUCGACGUUGUUGUGGAGGACCUCUCUGAUGUGCGACAUCCCAGAGCUCGCUUUCGGAAGCCUGUCAAUCUUGGAAUUUUCUUCUUUGGACAUGCAGAGGUUCUACAGCAAGUACCGCAACAAGAGCGAGCUCCACAACAAGAUGUGGUGACUAUAGAUGAUGAUCCUCAAAGCAUCGUCGCACACACUGUCGAUGGCAUUUCUUUUCCCAAGCUGCCUGGACUCCCGCAGCAACUGAAGACCAUUCUCUCACGACUCCAUCGAAAUCUUGGGCAUCCUCACGCCAAUGAGCUCAAGAAGAUGUUGGCCAUGAAUGGCAUCAAAGACCAGAAGCUCUAUGAUGCGGUCGAGGCCUUGACUUGCGAGUCAUGUUUGAGAGUGAAGGGGCCAUCUCGCCCUGAACCUUCGGGCAUUCCCCAUGAUGUUUGUCUUCAGUUUGCUGAUGCGGUUCAGAUCGAUUUGUUCUAUGUCAGGGACAUUCGAGCUGUGAACUAUGUUUUUCUGGGCAUUAUUGACGAAUGCACCCACUUUCACAUGGCUUUGCUCUUGCGAGACCGUAGCCCUGAAGAAGUUGAGUUUCAAUUCGUGUCCCACUGGGCACGUGUUUUUGGAUUUCCACUUCGCAUGAAAGCUGAUCCAGAUGGAUCCUUCAGGGGCUACUUUGAAGCUUCCAUGGACCAGGCUGGUGUCUUUGUGGACUUUAUCCCAGCCGAGUCCCAUCAUCGCAUUGGUCUCAUUGAGCGCCACAACUCUGUGCUGAGAGACUUGAUGGAGCGCAUCAUCGACUCCAGAGCAGUCUCCAAUGAAGCCAUGAUGGAGCAGGCCGUGGUUGCAGCAUGCUUCGCAAAGAAUUCUUGCACUUGGUCCUCUGGUCGUCCUCCUUUCAUAGCCGCCUUUGGCCGAAUCCCAAGAAUGGGGACAAAUCUCCUGUCUGACAGUCGUGGACUUGUGACGGGCCAGACUCGAGAUGAGCUUCAGAAGGAAGCCGGUCUGCUGAGGAUUGAAGCCCAACAGCACCUCGCUGCCAUGAGCAUCGACAGCAAUCUCAGAAGAGCCCUCUUGAGAAAAUCAACUACGACAGGUCCUCAAGAUCUUCCCGUUGGCUCUAUUGCUGCUUACUGGCGCUGGACAGCCAAGUCCGGUAAAAAGCGCGGUGGCUACAAGCUUGCCAGAAUUCUUGGAAGAGAUCUCGAUGGCAAAAGCUUAUGGCUUCAAGCUGGCACCAACACCAUCAAGGUUGCCCCUCACCAGAUUCGUCCAGCUCUUGGAUUUGAGCAGUGGACUCCAAGUUAUGAGGACAUUAAGUCGCUGCGGUCUGCAGUUGAGAACCUUCAACAUGGUGAACUGGCCGAUGAGCAGAUUCCUCCUCCAGCACCUGGACAGGAGCAUCCUGGAUUUGACGAGCUCCAGCCUCAAAUCGCAGUGCCUCAACAAGAGUUCAGUGAUGCUGAGUUUGUUCCAAUUCCAUCAGAGCCAGUUCCACCAACUCCUCCUCCAAUGGUUCUCCAAGACCAAGCUACACUGCAAGAAGAAGCAGUCCAGACAGAUCCAUAUGUCCAGCAGCCCAUCAACUUCAACAUGAGCUCUCCGACCUAUCGCAAUACGAUCAUCCAGAACCAGUCUUUUGGGAUGACGGAAGGUCAACGAGCUCAGCCCAAAGUGAACAUCCCUGUGAGAAAAACCCAUCGAUCGAGAUCCACCACUCCAGUACCGCAAAGGUCUCUUCGUGACCGACCACGUGGUAGCAAUGAUCCAUUGCCCUCAUUGCCUUCAAGACCUGGUGGUUCUCUGCAAGAUCAACGACAAGAGAGUCAGGUUCCGGGUGAUGCGACUCCGGUUCUUCCUGACGCUCCUCCAAGUGCAGUCAUCACCAUUCCUGACGAUGAUGCUGAACAACCUUCAGUGCCACAGCUGCCCAUUGGACUUGCCGAUCAACCUCUAGCUGAGCCGGCCAUUGCACCAGAGGUUGGCGACAUUGCUCCAACGACACCUGAGGGCCUGAAGAUGACUCCUGCAAAGCGCACCAUUGACGAUGUUGAGAGCCCAGCUGAACAACGAGUGUCCAGCGCGCAUCAGGUGCACAAUGUUUCACUUCAUGAAGAACCUCAACAUGAGGAGACUUCAAAUUCAACUUUCAAUGCAAGUUCGCGUCGUGAUGAGCGCUCUUUUGAUUUUGUUUUGGAUGAUGUGGACGGCAUUCAUCUCCUUCCUGAGGGCUUUGACGGCUCCAAUGACAUCUACAUGCCGUAUGCCCACAAGAUCUACAUGAAUGCCUAUAGAAAGGACAAGAACUACCAUGGGACAGGGUCUAGCGACGAGUCUGACGCUGACGUUGCAGACUUCAGAGGUCAGAAGACACCCAUCGCACCAACCUUGACACGUCAAGAACGAAAGGCCCUUGACAAGGAGAUCCCAUGGCAAACCAUUUUGAAGAUGGACCAGUCCUCAAUUCAAGCCUAUGUCGAAGCAGCCCAAGCAGAAGAGAAGUCCUGGCAACAAUUUGGAUCAGUCAGACCUUUGACCAACCAUGAGGCCAGAGCGAUCUUGAAUGACAAGAAGCUGAGACGCCGCAUUUUGCGGUCAAGAGCGGCCUAUCGAGACAAGUCGAAGGGAGCUGAGGCCUUGCGAGCCAAAUGCAGGGUCGUGGCAAUUGGCUGCCUUGAUCCAGAUCUAUGGACCCUUCAACGCGAAGCUGCAACUCCAACUCGACAGUCAGAGUUUGUCCUCUAUGCCAUCUUCCUUGCCGGUAAGAAUGGUAUUCUUUUUGGUGGCAACUCUGGAACUUGGCUGUUGUGGGGCGGUGACGUGAAAACAGCAUUUCUUCAAGGUGAUCCGGAAGAGCGAGAGCAACCGCUCUAUCUUUUACCACCCCAAGACGGGAUCACCAAGUUGGCAAAGACUUUUCAGGCAAUGCUUUACCUUGUGAAAGGGAACAUCUAUGGUCUUGCGAAUGCCCCGAGAACAUGGUGUCGGCAUGUGAUCGCGACUCUUUUGCGAGCUGGCUAUGUGCAGGGCUCUUUGGACAAGAUGCUGUUCUUCUUGCACAAGAAGUUCGAUGGCUGCAAGCAUCCAGUCCUCUGCGCAGUUGCCAUCGUGUAUGUGGAUGACUUUUUGCUGGCACAUGAUUCAAGGUACGACCGAAAUCAUUUGCUCCAGUUGUUCAAAUGGGGAAGCCAAAAUGAGUUAACUUUAGAUAACCCCUUAGAGUUCAAAGGUAAGCAAAUAACCCUGAAGCAAAACCCUGCCACUGGCGAGUACGAGAUUCACCUGAAUCAGCAGAAGUUCAUCUCUGAGAUGAAGAGCGGCAAGGUGAACCGAAAGCUGCUGAAAGAGACCAUCGAUCAGAAGGACCUCGGUGAGUUCAGAUCAGUUGCAGGAUGUCUUCAGUGGCUUGCUGGUCAAACGAGACCAGAUGUUGCUGCGGUUGUUAGCCUUUGCAGCAAAGGAGCCAAGUCAACAUAUGAAGAUCUGCAGAGCAUGUAUUCAGCAGUGGACCACCUUCAUGCGACGAAGGAGCAUGGCAUUGUCCUGCAGCCGGUGCCCAUCAACUAUGCCACCAUGCUGGUGACUUUCGCCGACUCAUCAUGGGCGAAUGCUGAGGGGCAUGCGAGCCAACAUGGAUCACUUAUCCUUUUAGCUGAUCCAAGGGCUACAGAUGUGGUUUCACCUGGUUUGCUUUUAGAUUGGAAGAGUUCUAGGAGCAGCCGAGUUUGCAGAAGCACUCUUGCUGCGGAAGCUUCAGCAGCAGAUGCAUCGGUAGAUAGGGCAUCCUUUUUGAAUUACCAAUUGAGUGAACUGUUGCUGAAUCGUCCUGCUUUCCACAUCUCCUCGAAAGAACUGUUGCGACAGAUACAGGACAACUCCUUGCUGUGGUUCCGUCGCGUGGAAACGGCCUUUGGGGUGGAGGACAUCGAUCGCCUCUUGGCCAAUGCAUCGAAGUCCUACAACAGCAGACGCGCCAUCUUUUUGCUUCCAGUGAAGCGCACCAAGAACGGCCGCACCCGACAGCUGGGACUCAGCUUGGAGGAGCUGGCGCCAUGCCGUUUGGACUUGCCAUUGCUCACAGGGCCCAAUGGGGAGCCAGCAGACAGUGUUGAACGGAUCGGAGCCUUAGAGGAGAAACGCUUUCUGUGCAAAAGCCAUGAGAUUCAGGGUGCACAUCGGCAGAUGAAGAGCAUCAUGGAUCGCGUGUUGACGGCUGGGCGUCAGGAGGGGCAUUGCACCUCGGAUUGGCGCACGACCUUCCCGGCUCGUGGCUCCGGCGGCCCUGGCGGCACAUCGGGGAAGGAGUACGUUUGGGGAGAAGAUCCCCAGCAGAACCAGAGCUACUCGCCCUACACCACGCAGGUCCUGGAGGAACGCUUUCGGAAGGUUGGCAUCCUGUACUAUCGGCGAGAUUUUCGCACGCCAACCCUGGCUGACAACAUGCCUUGCUCGGUGUAUCGCUGGCAGCUCCGACUGCGAGCCCACAACAUGCGCGAGCGUGCUGUGUCCUACACAGCGUCAGAUGAGGUGAAUGGCUGUUGGUCCAUGAUGGAGCACGCCUUCCAGUUCCAGACCAUCUCCGAAACCACCGAGUCGCAAAGUUGCACCAAGGAUCCCGAAGACAAUGCCUUCUUUUUCGACCCUUGCUGCAAUCUGCAAAAGCUACGGCAGCAAUGCUGCGCCAAAAGUCUGAAUGUCAUCGAAAAGCCCGUGCUGGCCUCACUGGACGGUGCAUCCCUGGCGCAGUGCCGCCACGCGCGUGGCGCCGGCUUCGUGAAGGCAGCGCUCAGCGCGGGGCUGGCGUGGCAGCGGCGCCUCAGAGAGCCCAGCGGAACGCAGAUUGGAUGGAAACAGCUGGCGCUGCAGGAACAAGCCAACGCAGCCAUGUGGCGUAGCAUCGAGCAGUGUCAUGUGGACGUCAUGGGUCGCUUCGAUCGCGAGCUUGGACAGUACGUGGGACUUCCGUGCUUGGUGGAUGCCGAUUGCUUCACCAAGUGUCGCAAACCCGCGCUGGCCAGUCUGCAGGCCAAGGUGGCUUUGAAGGAGAACAGCCGACAGAAGACCCUGGUUUUGGGUCGUUGCACUGUGCCCAGUGACAGUCGUCAUGUGUACCUGGUGCGGUGCCUGUCACGACGGCUGGGUAAGGAGCUGCUGGAGCUCUUGGCCGCCGAAUUGGCCCUGGACUUCCGCUCCCGCGACGAAGCCUCGGUGCUCACGGCCUUGACGGACAAAACCAGCUCCAGCUUCGUUUGCGUUGGUCCACAUGCCACCCCUGGAGUCCAGGUGACGCAAACGCAGUGCUUGAGCGCCAUGGGCUGCAAUUGGCAUCACGAAAUCAGGACUCGUGAGGAAUGCACCAAAGAGCAGUUCCAAAACGACAUGUUCUGUGGAUGUCAGGAAGGCAUGUGCCCGCAACAAAGCCUCCGCGCGGGGUGCAUCACGGGGCAGAUCUACACGGACUACUGCGGCGAGGCGCGCGAGAUGCUGCGGCCCCUGGAGCUGGCCUGUUCGAUCAUCGCCACCACGGCCAUGGAGUUCAAGCGCUGCCGAGACCUGGCCGAUGCGCAUAGUUUCAUGUAUCGCUGGUGCAUCAGCCUUCCAUGUAACCCGCGCGAUGUCUACUUUCUGGCAGAUGAAAGGUGCAACGACAACAUGCGCCGCGAAUUCCAAGCGUGUUACGACUCCUGCGUGAUGCCCAGUGGGCCCAAUCCAGACAUCACGGUGCGUGAGGUUUGUUUCCAGGAGCUCUUUGAGAAUGAGACGGAUCAGGACUGCUACCUAAAACCUGGAGAUACCAGGGUCCACUACAGUCCGCCUCUGGGAGCCGAGACCAUCCAGGAGAACUGGGCUGGCGCCAUGACAUUGGAGCUGCCCAUCACCCGUAGGCCCAGAUAUUGCUCUAUCAGAUUCUGGCAGGAGCUGCAGCAGGCGAAGAAACCUCGGUCGCUAAACGCGGAGCGCGCGCGGCUGCUGUAUCGUCUCAGUCGGGAGGCGGAAGCCAGAGAGGUGGAGUUGCGACGGACUGAAGGCCAACGACGAGAGGAUGAGGUUUUCUUAACACAGGAGCCGGAGCGCUUCUUCGGCUGCGACAUGGGCGCCUUGUCGUUGACCGCCGAAUCGAGCCAGGCCUGCCGGGCCAAGACGGAGUACCUGUGCUGCUUCUCACCAGGAAACCUCACCAGUGGCACUUGUGAAUUCUGUCGUGAAGCCAACACGACCUCCUGUUCCAUUGGUCAGAAGCUCAUGGCCAUUUGGGCGCCGAAUUUACAGAUCUAUGCCGCAACCCUGGCUGAAGACUUGGGUUCCGACUUGGCACGCGUGGACUGGGAGGCACCAAGGGCUGGAAAGGACGGGGACAUCUACUACCGCCAGGUGCCCUGGUCCUGGCUCCGCACCAUCAGCGGGGCUGGCUGCCACCCGGUCUCUGAGGGCUGCGCGGCGCAUUCGCAGUGCCCCUUCCGGAGCUACUGCUUCAGUUGCGAGACAUGUGCGCUGGCCUAUGGAGGGAAUCCACCUCCCGGACUCUGCGAUCCGUGCCCAACCCAUCGUGGAGGCGGCUGUGGAAGCAUCGACGCCUGCAUCCGGCUGCAAGAUAGUAUUGAUGGGGUUUGCCCAACAGAGGGCUUGACAGUGUGUCCCUGCAAAGAGGAGUGGAGCGUGAGGUAUCAAUAUCCCGGAGCUCCCACAGAAGAGAGCAUCAACGAUUGUUACUUCGACAGCUCUUCCAACACACGCUGGUGUGAGGUGGAUGCGGCCUAUUACAACACGGGAUGCAACCUGCAGCGCAUCGUGGGCAAGGAUCGCUUCAUCUUUUGGCAAAGUUGUCGUCCAAAGACCUGUGAUCACUGCAGCUGCGAUUGCAGCAGCCGCUGCCAAGCCUUCGACAUUCUGCCGCUGCAGGGACGUUUGCCCGUGGAGGUGACGCUGGGACAGCUGGAUGCACCUCUGGACAACAGCUUCAAACUUUGGGCUGGAGUCAUCGCCCCCAACUGCACGGUUGGCAGUUCCGCCCGUAUCCGCGAUGUCUGCAAGUUCUGUGUGGCCUGUUGCAACGACUUUUGUAAUGCCAAGGCCAAGAACGAGGGCGGAUUUGACUGCACCACCACCCAAGUCUCGGGCUGUUCGGAUAUGGUGCAUGGCUGGGUCGACAGCGUUGGACGUGAUUGCCCCACCUAUGUGAUCAAUUCCUUGUGCACGCAGCAAGGGCUCUACGGUACCAAUUGGGUCUACAACCCUCCGCGCAGCUUCGCGGAUUUCUCCUCCAGCGACUUGGCCGCCACGGACGUGUGCUGCGACUGCGGGGGCGGAGUGGACUGCAGCGAUUCGCCCUUUGAUUGGAAGGAUGCAGAUGGACACCCGUGCUCCACUUACGAGGUUUUCAAGUGGUGCAAUCGCACCGGCUAUGGCCCUGGCUGGGACCUCCAGCGAGGUCCCUUCACCCUGGGCACAUCAGGCGUCGAUGCGCACACCGCCUGCUGCGUUUGCGGCGGAGGAGAUGCUUUGUCGGUGCCAGAGGUGGUGAACAACUUGGUUGACUCCGAGACGGUCUGCCUGGCCGUGUGGCCAGGCCGUGCGCAGUGGCGCACACCACCCUGGUAUCAACGAAGCAUCCACCUUUGUCAGCUCAACAGCAACGUUUGCGCGCGGAAGUUGACGGCCACCAAGUACGACCCAAGCAAGGCAGCCAACGUGGCGGACGAUGAGAGGAUCUAUGGCCUUUGUCUUCAACGUGCUUACGACACCGGGACCCUGCCAUAUCUGGAAGACUUCGAGAUGUCGCUCACACCGGUGGGCACGGGACGAAGGUUGGCCAACAUUUCCAACUUGUCAGAGGCUGAGCAAAGGCUUCUGGCCAUCUUGGACCGGAAUCAGGAGAUGGACCCAACGGCCCUGACCCGGGAGCUUUUCCUGGACGGUGCCGCCAUUCGAUCAGACUUCUUUGGAAACCGCGGACGCGGCAUGUGCGUCUAUCGGAUGCCCGAUCCACGGCAGAUGUUCGGUGGGCCCAACCGGCAGAUGUAUCCGCCUCCCCUCCUUCCGCCCCUCCGUGGCUCUGUGGAUGUCUUCGAACGGCCCAGUCUGCAAGCGCUGGGAUGGCCCAAGGCCUUCUUCCCGGCGCUCUUCGAGCAGGGCGGCGCGGAACUGGCCAUGGCCCGCGCGGUGGGCGAGGUCUUCGGGGGCCAAGCCCUGGACACCUCCACGGACAUCAGCAGCGUGCUGCGGGGGCUCUUGGCCAGUAAGGGGAUCAGCAUUGUCCCGGAGGGCGAGUUCCAACAAAGAGUGCAACAAUGGAUGAACUUGGUGGCACAGGUGGAAUGUAAAGGACCCAGGGACGACCUGAGCAAGUUCUCGGAACCCACGCAGUGGUCGCCCUCCAUCCUCCACGAUCAGGUGAGUUGCGAAGUGGCCCGCUGCGACGUGGAUGAGAUGAUCCUGGAUGAUCUCCGAUGUCGUUUGACCUACGGCUGCACUGCCGACUGCACUUUUUGUGCGUCCCCGGCCCUUGCCACACAAGACAACGGCUUGUGCAUUUCGACAGAUGUCGCCCAAUGCGCUACGCUGGGCGGCCUCAUCCUGGAGGGUGACAUCUUCGACGAGACCAUGGGCGUGAAGCGCUUCCAGCGCAUCUGUGCGCUGCGCCAUCGGCCCUUGAUGUAUUGUUUGGGGCCUGGUUUCUCCAUCAAACGCUGCGAGAACUUUGAUGAAAACAGCUGUGAGUCAGACCCCGUGGCUCAAGUCAUGGGUUGCUUCCAAAGCGUCAGGACCUGUCAGACAGAAGAUUUGUGCACCUUGUCGGGUCACUGCAGUGACCGUGAUAUCGGACUCAGCUGGGCCACGCCGGGCACCUGUGUGGUGACGCCCAUGGACGACGACUACCUGCAGCAGGGCUGUGUCAUUGGUGGCGCCAGCUCGUUCCCAGAUGGCACCUGUUUCUUCCGCUUGGAUCCUCCCUUCGGAAUGGAGGUGCGUCAGAAGCACGGCUUAAUGGAUCUCUCGGAGCAGACCUCCAGCAAUGUCUCCGGCACCGACCUGGAGGAUGCAGCCGCCUGGGCGGCUUCGCUGCAGCAGGCGCAGCUGGCGGCCGAGACCGGGGACUUCGACGAGAUCCGCCGGCGGCUGCGCUCCGCGGGGCGGCUGAACCGCACGGAGUGUGAGGCGCUGAAUCCCUUGGCGCCGCCCUUUAAGGCUGUAUGGGUCGAGCGUUCUGUCACGCCCACGUCGUGUUCCAAGUGGAAAGCCUGUUGCUUGCUACGGCGCGGUGAUCGAUGCGAACUCUUCACCAGCAAUGUGGUGAACACCGAACUGCCCGGCGAAGCCGCACGAGCAGAGGCGGAAUGCGCUGCCUGUGGGGGCGAGUGGCUGGAGGUGUUCCAAUGGACCUCCGGUGUUUGGAAGCGUGGCGACCUUCAAAGUCCUCGCCGGGGAUGGUACAGCCGCGCCUGGGGUUCUGUGAACCGCUGGGCCGAAGUGGUGGACAUCGACCUCCUACGCCGGCUCUUCGAGAACGCGCUGGUGCGCCGGGAAAGUCGCUUGGGACAGCAGCGCUUGAAUGCUGCAGUUGCCAUGGUGGAACCCCUCAUGGCAUCGUUGGAGAUGUUCGCCGCCGCCUGUGGCAGCGAAAGUGCGAUCUUGGACGCUUCGGUGCAGCGCCAGGAGCAGCUGCAGGGGAUGCCAGCGGCGCCGCCGUUGAUGCAAUUGCCCUCAGGCUUGAUCCCCAUGGGUGAGAUCCUGGCCACUUCUGGCCUCAUUAGUUCUGGCUCUGUUGGGGACAUCCGGCUCUCCUGGCAUGAAUUCUCGGCCUCCAGAUUCGGGGACAGCACCAUGGCUGCGGUGAGAUAUGACAUCAGCGUCCUUCCCUUUGAGUACGUCUUGGGGAUCGCAGCCCCGCAGAUUGCCCUGCCGGGCCGCGCUGCGUUGGUCCGCAGCUUUCUGUUGGAGUUCAUGGUCUUCUCGGACACCACGACCUCGCUCUCGCCCGCCAGCAUGGAGACCGUAGAUGCCGGUGGCUUGCGGGGCGGAUAUCCCGCCUGGAUCAUCAAUGAGAUGAUCAAGUUGGACAUCGAUCCGGAGGCCGAAGCCGCCGAAGCCCAAGACCUGGCGGCGCGCCUGGCAGCCACCGAGGAGACGCGGCGCCAGGAGCGGCUGCGCGCCGCCGCGGAGCUGGCGGAGGCGGCGGACACCUCCACAGGCCUUCCACCUUCCUCACUCUAUGUCCUGACCCAGGAGUAUUUGGAGAACACCACGGUGACCACGUCCCCUGGAGCGCAGGGGCUACAUUUCGCCACCCCCGCCUGUCGCUCAGUGGUGGCCAAUGCGCAGGGCGAGGUCUUUGGUCGGCUCCUCGGGGAUUGCGUCCACGUCAGCAGCUCCACCACCAUCGAGAACUCCGUGGAGCUCUGCUUGCCGUUGACCUACGGCACCCCUGCCGACAUCAACGCCUUCAACAGCACGCCCCAAGCCGCGGCCGCCGGCAUGCGCUUCGACUUCGCCCUGGCCGCCACGGUGCCGCAGAGCUAUGAGGUGGACACCCCAGCAGCCCUCCAAGCCGGUGCGGAAGUGCCGGGACGGCUGGGUCCGGUAAUGUGGAACUGGGAGGAUAACGCCCAGUGGGGACGACUGCCACCUGGCUGGUACUACUUGACCCCUGCGAGCCUUCCCGUGGACUUACGCAGAGACGGCGCUGGCGGAGCACGCCUGUGUUCCAAGAUCUACAGGGCGGAGCAAACCUAUUGUCCUAUCUUGCGGCUGGGGACGCAUCCAAGAAGUCUCAUUUGGACCAAUGCUUCCGGCAUGCCGAAGGUCCUGGGCUUUGAUUCGCACUGCGAAGAGAUGGAUCGGCUGCUGAGGGAAGUGCACAACCUGCAGAAUCAGAAGAAGGAAACUCCGGUGCCGUAUUUGCCCAUGGACCAGCACGUGUCCGAUGUUCAGCUGUUGCAGGAGAGAUUGGACCGGGGCGUGCUGCCGGAUGUCAUCAUGCCGACCUCCAACAUGCCGGUCUGUCUCCCGGGGCAAUGCAUGGUGCAGAAGGGCAAUGGCUUUGAGAUUAUGGCAGUGGAAGAGGGUGACUGCGCGAUCCAUUGCUGA